AUGGAAUUGCCGGUGACGAUACGGGAGAGGAGUGUGGACAGCCGAACGGUGAUUGAAGUGAAAGGGAAGCAUAUCGUGCUAAGUGAAAUUAAAUCACGCAUAGAAACCCUCUUGGCCAACUCUACUGUUGAAGAGGUUCGUAUCUUUGCUGGCAUCAUUCUUACCAUCGAUGUGGAUCUUUCUCGCGAUGUUUGGCAUGGGCGAAAUCUGGUGGUUUUGGCGAACGAAAUCAAAGUGUGCACUGCGGUUCGUUGGAAUGUGUCUGGGAAAGAUAACGACCAUACCUACACGUCCAAUGCCGGUACGGAUGGGAACGGUGUUGGCAAACAAGGAGCCGAUGGAUAUCCGGGCGAAAGUGGAGGUAACGUUUUAUUGCAGGCAAACACAAUUCAACACCUCGAACGAUUGACGAUCAUUUCGAAUGGUGGAAGUGGAAGUAACGGUCAGAAUGGUGGCAAUGGAAAGGCGGGCGCCGACGGUAAAGGUAUCUCUAGGGCAGACUUUAAGGACAAGUUUCCGCCGACUGCCAAGUUUUUGGAGUGGCAGCGUGCUAACCUUGUAGACACUACUGUCAAAAACAUUAGAAACUUAACUCGAAACAUUAAGACACAGUGGUUAGUUACAACAAUUCCCAUAUUUCCCGUCUAUACCACUCACAGAGAAAACGUACUGGAUCACAGGGAUUGGCGUGUCGAUUUCUUUGAUAGUCUUUACAUCGAGGUGGAAACGCAUGAUGGCUGCGAGAUAACGUUUUCUUUUCAGCAAGGCACACCGUUUUACAACUGCCAAUCGUUUCUGAUGUACAAGGGAACAUCUGGCCAGCGUGGACAGGCUGGCGGAGGAUAUGGGCUGGGAGGUCAAGGGGGAUUUGCUGGCGAAGUGACAAUCAAACGUUUAUACGAUGGUCGUACGUUUGACAUUAAGACAUGCUCCAACCGGGGCAAUGAUGGAGAAAACGGAAAGGGUGGAUUGUAUGGUGCGCACGGUAAAAACGGUUGGGACAUGGGUUAUGUAGAUUACUCGGUCGCGGACAAUCCAGUGUUGUAUGGACAAGAUGAAAAGAGCAAACUUCAGCUGUCGUUCUAUGACGAAAAUUCAUCCAGCAGAAUGUAUUGUCCAUAUAAGGCUUACAUUGAAAGCAGCUAUCGAUAUGCUGGAUUCCAGGUAUCAAGAAUCGACCAUCAAUCUAGUAACGAAUUCAAGGAAAGGAACAACACCCGGGCACGUACCGAAAGACAGCAUCAUGCGAAAGCAAUAGGGAAGAAAUCCAUUCCUGGGCAGCGCCUUGCUGCUGCAUUUUUCGAAUACUUGGAAGAAAUUGAACAAGAAAGGCAGAAAUUGGAAAAACAAAGGAUCGAGAGAGAAAAGAAGGAAUUAGAACGGCUUCGAAUCGAGAAAGAAAAACAGGAAUUAAAGAAACAACGGGAAGAACUUGAAAAACAAAAGUUAGCGAAACAACGACUAGAACUUGAAAAGCGAGAGUUGGAAAAACAACGGAUCGAGAGAGAAAAUCAAGAAAGGGAAAAACAACGGGUUGAGAAAGAAAAACUGCGAAUGGAAAAACAAAGAAUCCAAAAAGAAAAGCAGGAAUUGGAGAGACAACGAAUCGAAAAAGAGAAGCAGGAGCUGGAAAAACAACGGAUCGCACAACAAAGGAAAAACAUUUUACAACAACAAAUCGAACAAGAAAAGCAACGUUUAGCACAACAGCAGAUUGAAAAAGAAAAGCAACAAGAAAUGGCUGAACAGGUGAAAGAAUAUUUGAAUUGUGAUGCAUUGCAGCAAAUUGUUGAAAGCCAAUACGCAGAUCUUGAUCGAGUCACGGAUCUGGACAUAAAACGGUUUGUUAAUUUUACACAAGAUACUUCUGAUCAGGAUCGAAACGAGUUUGUUAAACUUGGUAAAUUGUAUAAAGAUCCUGGUCGAGAGGAAAUAUUCAGCAAAUUGUACAAUAACUUGAAUCUAGACGAUUGGCUACAGCUUCGAACACGUCCUGCUGAUCGCCCUGAGCUGGUGUCUUUGGUGGAACAUUUUGAAACAUUAAAAUCACAGCUCGAACGUUUGCUUGGAAGGGAUUGCAGUGCUAAGAUAACGCCCGUUACGGAAACGUUGAAAAUCAAGUAUAAAACAGCAAUUCUAAAAGAAAUUACUCAGGAACUGCCGACCUAUCACACAACAGUGAAUCGUUUCGUAUUGACAGCACAGACUGUAGCGAGAUAUCUGGAAGAAACGGAUGAAAAAAAUGACACAUUUUAUCAUCCCGUUCUUGGCACUUUAAAGCAAUACAUUUUUGAAAACAAUCCAGCUCAACGAGAUAACAUUAACAAAUUCAUGGCAAAAGCAUCAGAAAGUAACGACAAUGCGAUCAAACGUGCCGUAGAAACAUUCAUUAUGGAAACAGAUAGCUCAAAAGAUGAAAAUAAACGUGUGAAACUGUUUUAUGAUGAGUAUCAGAAUUAUUUGGAGAAACAGCAAAGAAAUAUUGAUGCUAUAACGCAAUCAUUAGCAGCAGAACUAAAGAAAUCUAAACAUCAAGAAGCAUUCCGUCUGUGGAAUGAAAGCAUUGAUGACGAUGGUUUGCUGGAGGAUUUUGAAGAAUUGAUUAGAAAAGAUAAGGUGUUAAGCUCACUGUAUGAUGAACUGAAGCGUGCAGAAAAUGCUGAAUAUGACUGGGAAAGGUGUUGUGCCGAUGAAAAAAUACAAGAAAUAUUCCAGAUCAACUUAAAGCAGGAAGGAAUCAUGUGCAAAAGUUACAGAAUACUGCUAGCGUAUGUAUAUGAUGUGAACAUUCGGGUGUAUGCCAAGGAUGAGGACAAUGAAAUCGUUCUGUUAGAAGAUCAUAAUCCAAAAUCCAUUAAAAUUACACACAUUUUACACAAAUCGAACGAAUUCAUUCAACUGAAAAUCAAUGAAAGCUUCCGCCAGUUAGAAGAAGAGCGUCUGCACAAGGAUCGAAUUUUCAGACGAAUUCUGACGGAGAUAAACGGAAUGCAGGACAUACAGACCAUCGAGAAUUACUUCGAACGAGAAGUAUUUUAUCGAAACAGUUCUAAUUUCGCUAAAAUGUUUGAAGAUUUAGACGACGAGAUAACAGUUGAAAAGAUUGCAGCAUUUUUUUCAGCCGAUGAGAAGGACCAAAUUGCUCAACGUCUGAAGAACAUUUCUCCCAAAUACACCGGCCAACAUGGAGUGUUCGAAAGCAUCUUGCUGCGUUUUUCUUUCGAAGGCAGCCAUGUGUCAUCAAACGAACUGUGUUUCUUAAUCAACUCUAUACUUGCUCACACUGUUGAAGCAAGGCAAGAAAGGUACAUCUUUUCAUGGAUUGUUGCAGCAUACAAUCAGUGCAGUUGGACAGAUGAGCUGGUGUUGCUGCAGCUGGAGAACUGCUACAAGAGACAGCUGCAGGAAAAACCCAAAUGGCGCAAGUACAUGUCAAACAUCGAAAAUAAGGGAGCUUUGCUAGUGUUUUCUGCUCAGUUUACUCGUAAGCCUUGUCCUGCGCAGUGUGUUGAAGAUAUCUUGCACUUGCUGAGUAACAUUCCAAUAGAAUCGGUUCGUCUAGAUGAACUGGAGCUAACAGAGUGGCCUUAUGUGCUUAAGGAAUGCUAUUGGACACAUAAGUUAAAAGCUCUUAUAACGUGGGGAAAUGACUCGGAAGCCUUAACUUCUGCUUCGUUCUUCGUUCUGUCCAUAGAGAACACGUAUGGAAACAAGUUGAUGGAGAAUUUAUUUGAAUCGUUGGUGGAAAAGCGCAGUGAGCUUACGCAUUCUAUGUUAUUAAACGUGCUAUCUUGCUUUCAUAAACAAAAGUGGAAUUUAUGUGUUGAUGAUAUUAACCUUUUAAGUCGAUGUAGUAUCAAGAAAUGGAUUAAACAUAUGGAAGAAAAGUUCAAGAUAAACUUAAAGGAAUUAAAUAUUUCACAGAUAGCAACUAUCAUUAGAGGCAAUGCUAACACAUCAAAUAAUAUAGUGAAACAUUUACCUCAAAUUGAAAAUUCAGUAACAAGCAUUUAUAAUAACAAGAGAACGAUACAUACGAGUUUGAUAUCCUCUUUUUUGCUCAACGACGUAGAUAAAUGGGUUAAAGAGUUCCAUGUUAAGAACCAGAAAACGAAUACAAACAUGUACGAAGAAAUGCUUGCUGUAAUAGGUAGGGCAAUUGAGCUUAAGAGAGGGUUUAAGUUACGAGACACCCAGCUAUUGACAAUUUUGGCCUUACUAGUCAACGAGAAUAGCACUUUGGCACAAGUAUCUACAGGCGAAGGUAAAUCAUUGAUCGUAGUAGCGACCGCGAUCAUUAAAGCGCUCCUAGGGGAGAAGGUAGAUAUUAUCACCAGCUCCUCAGUACUGGCUCAACGAGAUGCUGUCACCAACAAUGAUAUCUACGAAUUGUUUGGUCUUAGUGCCUCCCACAACUGUAGCGAACAGAUAGAGGAGCGAAAGGAAGCUUACUCAUGUAAUCAAAUUAUUUACGGAGAUUUGGGUAAUUUUCAGCGUGACUAUCUAUUAGACAGAUUUUAUGGAAAGCAUGUGUUGGGUGAUCGUAGCUUUGAAAAUGUGAUCGUCGAUGAGGUGGACAGCAUGUUGCUCGAUAAGGGAAACAAUAUGCUAUACCUGUCGCAUGACAUUGCUGGUAUGGAUAAGCUGGAAUCGGUAUACUUGUUCAUUUGGCAAAUGGUCAACAGUCCAACCGAUCUUCCGGAAGAUGUACAUAUGGAAGCGGUUAAAAGGUCAGUUUUAAGUGACAUGUAUGCAAUCAUCCAAAAAGAGGAUAUCCAAAGUUUGGACAAUGCUUUGGGAAAAUCGAAUGUAUUGGGGCUUUGGGAGAGAUUGGUUAAGUCUGGAAUAAUAAAUGACGCAGGAAGAUUACAAACGGAAGCUAUUGAUUCCAACAAACUAGAAAAAGUACUUACACCAGAUUUCACACAAUACAAAGAUCGUCUAAGCUUCUUGCUUAUGUCUUGUCUCGAACGCGAAACGUGCAUCAAAAUACCAAAUUAUCUAAAAGCAUUCGUGGAGAGACACUUGGACCGUUGGAUAUCCAGUGCCAUAACAGCGCUGUACAUGGUCCCGGGACAGUACUAUGUGGUCGACGUCGAUAGAUCGGGAACAAGUGCCGACCUUAAUGCAAAUGUAAUUAUUCUCGAUAGGGAUACGGGUACUGAUCAGGUGAGCUCACAGUGGGAUGAGGCGUUGCACCAAUUUUUGCAGCUUAAGCACGGUUGUAAGCUGUCAACCCAAAGCCUGAAAGCAGUUUUCAUUUCCAACGUUACAUACCUGAAGAAAUACAAACUGCUAUAUGGAUUGACAGGCACGUUAGGAUCACAGAGAGAAAGACAUCUGCUUGAGGAGAUACAUCGGGUUGACUUUGUUACUGUUCCUACCGCCAAGUCGAAGCAGUUUGAAGAGUAUGAACCUAUCAUUUGUUCGAGCAGUGAGGAUUGGAAAAAACAAAUACGACAAGAGGUGAAUAAACUAACAAAAAUUGAUAAAAGAUCGGUCCUGAUCAUUUGUGAGACGAUCAGGGAUGUCGAAUCAUUCCAGAUGGUGUUUGAUUCUGAGGAGCACUCAAACGUUCACACUUAUGUACGUGAUUAUGAAACGUUUGAUGUUGCGGAAGGGGAUAGAAAGUUGGAACCGGGACACGUUAUCAUUGCUACCAAUUUGGCAGGUCGUGGCACAGAUAUAAAAAUAUCCGACGACCUUCGGAAGGCCGGAGGGUUACACGUGAUACUAACAUACCUUCCGGCGAACAUUCGAAUUGAAGAGCAAGCAUUCGGAAGAGCAGCUAGAAGCGGAGAUAAGGGAUCGGGUCGGAUGAUAAUAAUGGUAGCCGAUGGAAAAAUGCACAAUCGUUCUAUGAUAUUUACCCUCAAGCAAAAACGCAAUGUCGAUGAGCUUUUCCGCAUAUCUGCUAUAAAAACUUAUUACGAAACCACUAUUAAAACAGAAGAGAGUUGUUUUGAAGCAUUCAACGAGUUGUAUGAGAAAAAAAUGAAACUUUUAGCUAAUGCGAAAGAGCCGGUGAAGGAUAUUCUGCUCCAAAGUUGUUUGGACAGAUGGUCGUUUUGGUUAGACGAAAACAAUGUACAGAUAGGAAAAGCAUCAGAUGAGGCUUCCAAGCGGGAAGUAAAACAGCGACUGAAACACUUUCUAUUGCAAUUUGAUGAUCUGAAAGCAACGAGCGCAAACAAUUGGGCAGCUUGGGUUGAAGAAAACCCAAUGCAAAUGAUCAAAUUGGGAAAAUAUAUUUCACAACACGAUUCGAAGCAUCGCGAUACAGCAAUGCAACUGUUUGGGAAAGUUAUCUCGAAUGAACCGUGUUUUUGCGAAGCCGCUUAUUACUAUCGUGCAUACACACGAUCGCUUGACAACAUGAACGUUGGCGACUUCAAAAAGGAUUUGCGUAUGGCAGAAAAACUCUUAAACGAUCAUAUAAAAUAUGCAAUGCAUGCAUCAGGUAUGGUGUGUAAGCUAAAGAAUAACACACCACCGAUCGAGGGCUAUGAAGAGCAAAAGAAGUGUCUCAUUAAUCUAUACUCAUUGUUCAUUCAAUCCAUAGACGACAUGUUGGGUCAUGCUGUAAGUCCUGAAUCGUUUGUUAAUUAUGAAAUAAAGGAGGAUGUUGCUGGAAUAAUCUUUGACGAUCUUGUACGAAUCAGCAUGAUAAAGAAGGCUCAAGUAAUCGAUAACAUACCUAAUGAUCAGAUUCAGAGACUUCACGCCGAGUACGGGAUACCUGCAGAUCAGCUGAAGAAGUUCUUAGCUCAACAUAGGGGCCCUAUCGAUGACAAAGAAUUUCUGACAGCUAUUCGAGAAUCAUUUUCAUUUCCAAGCAGGAGCGAUUUUUGGGAAACACUUACUAACCAAAAGGCUCUGCUCAGUGUUGAAAGGUAUGUUGCGAUCAAUGAAGAACGGCUCAAAAUAAUGGAUCCUGCUCUAAUGAACGUUCUGAAGGAAAAGGUAGACAAAGGACAGCUGGUGAAAGCAGUUGUUAAGCUGGAUAAGCACCAGAUCUUGUUGAUCCACGAACAACAGUCACACUUUUACUAUGAGAAAGAGAAGCUCAUUGAUAUGAUCGGUAAAACGAAGUAUACCUCUCUUGAAGAAAAUGGUCUACUAUCAUGCAACGAAAAGGCUACCAUAGACCCAUGUAGAAUUACUGAUUGUGUGUUCUCUGCCUUUGAUUCUAUUACAGUUCAGGAUAUUACAGACAAGACAAGAAUUACAACGAGUGAAGCGAAAAAUAUCAUAGCAGAACUACUUAAGCGUAGUGUUCUACAAAAAAGGGGUGAAACGUUUGUCCUACCAAUGAACUAUGACGAUAGCCAGGAUGUCUUGCUUCCCACCUAUCCAGUGUAUGAGAGUGUCGUUAGAAACGUCCUUGCUUCAUGUUUUGCAUACAGAUUAGCUCUGAGAAACAUUGCACGACAACUAGAAGAGGAGAACUGUUCUGACAUUCGUAUAGAAUUGAAGCCCAAUCCCCAUCAAAUGUUUUUCACUGAUUUACUAGAGCAUAAAAUAAUACUCCCUCCUAUGGCCACGCAUGAGGUCGAUGAAAGUAAAAUCCAGGCAAUGUAUAAAACAUCAUGGUCGAAAGGGGCAUGGAUAAGCAUACUUUCUAAGGAUAUUGGUUUGUCUCAAGAAUACACCAAGCCCCUGCUGGAUGUGCUGCUUAAAAACCGCUGGAUUGUUCCAAACCCCUUAAUGGAAUUGUUGUUAUUUUCUCCUUCAAAUAACAUGUCUGAAGAAAUAAAGAAUGCAUUGGCAAGCUACAGAUUCAGUUCGAAAGAUGACCGAACUAGCGUAGACUAUUUAAAAUCAUGCAUUGCAUCAAUCAAUCAAAAACAUGGACUUCUUGAAUCCUAUGACGUUGGAGUUGCGAUUGAAAAGUGGUUUAACAAUCAAUUGCUGUUAAUUGAAAACGGAACUGCUAAACAUAUUGAGAAUGUGUUAAGUAAGUCGAAAUCGUCGUUAGCAGCAUUAAAUGUUCCGCAAGGCACGCUGAAAUCGAUCAUGGACUUUUAUGGUAAAGGAAACUUUGGAAGCAUCGAUGAGAUGCGGAUCUUCAUCACAAAUGGAUUAGAGCAUCUGUUAGAGCUAGGAGAGAGAAAAUGGACCAUGGAAAUGAUAUUGAAAACCUCACUGGUGUUAGCGGUUGGUGUAGCACAGAUAGCAAUUGGCGCUAUAAUAGAAGUGUAUUCGGUUGGAAUGAUGACUCACGUUGCCGGAGCUUUCAUGGGCGAAGGUGUCAGCGACAUCAUGUUUGCUGUGGGUUCUUUUAAGUCAGGUUACUUCAGCUGGAAAGAUUACGGAAAGCAUAAGUUACAAAGUCUGCUUUUUACGAUCGGUACGGCCGGUGUGGGAAUGUAUCUCUCCCAGGGCGCCAAGAUGUCUCGCAUAGGUUAUAAAGUUGCUGGACCAAGCCUGGAGUACGGUGGCAAACGGGUUGCCGAAUCAUCUGGAAAGCAGUUAAUCAAAGCAGUUGGUGGAUGGACGGUCGUUAAGGAGACAGCGAAGCGUGUGGCGCUCAAAACGGCAGAAGGUGUCGCAUUUGCUAUGGCAAAUACGGCCGUGGAUACGGUUGUUGAAAAUCAUCUGCAAUCCAUGUUGAACUCCUUAGCAUCGGAUAUUUUAUCUGGAGUUAAGGGUGAAGUAGCAAAUCACAAGGUUGCUCACAAUUUGCAGAAAGCGUACGAUCGUUUAGGUGAAAAUGAUGCUAGAGCCCUCGUGAACGACUUGACAAAUGCAUACAUGUUGGAACAGAACACGACACAAACCUUCUUUCCAUUCACCAAGCAAAUCAGCCAAAGUGUGAUGCAGGGAAUCGGGAAGGCAAAUAAAAAAACAGGUACCACAAACAGUGCCAUGGUGCUGAUCAACCAAAUCAGUCGAGUAAUGGAUUGUGUGGAUCGUGUUGCACAAGUCUAUAAAAUGCGCAACGCAACACACCAAUUGCUUGAUAGUAUUAACGUCGAAAUGGAGCGGAAACUCGCAAACAUUGAGCAGAACUCAGUUCCAUCGAAAGAAACCCCGGCUAAUGGCAAAGAUUUUGAGCGCUUUCAAAGGGAAGUGGUAGAGCAAUGGGAAACGACGUUAAGUAAGCACGUUGGGCAACUGAUCGCACAACAUGUUGUGCUGCCAGUGCUGAAAAUGGGCGUAAAUAGUAUCCUUUUACAUGUAGGUAAAGCAUUGAAGGACAUUAGACGCAGCAUGGUAGAGUCGGAAUUGAGCAGAGAUGUUCACCGGCUGAAGGACGAACACGAACAGAAGAUGAAUCGGCCCGAUAUGACAGCAGAAACCAGGCGUCAACUGACAGAGGAAUAUCAUGCUCAAUUGCUGAAGAUUAUGCACAAGACUCGUAGUCCGUCUCUGUUUGCCACCAUCAUCCGGGAAAACGUUCCAAUGGAUUUGACUUGUGUCGGGGCCUGUACUCCAAUGAUACAUAAAAUGCUCCAGGCACAACAUGGUGCGUUAUCAGGGCUAACAAUCACUGUCCACGGGGAAAAGGGUAUAAAACAAUCGUUCAGUUCUGGAACGGGUGGUCCCGAGAUUCACCUAGAUCUGAAGGGCAAUCAUUUCACUUUCGGAGCUGGAGAGUCAACUGUUGCCACGACAGGUAAUAAUUGUCUGUACGGAGCACUAGCCACAGCUAUACCGGAUCUGCAAGCUGUAGGAGAGGAUUCGUUCAGGUCCAUGUUGUGUGAUUCCAUCCAGCAUGAUGACAGCAUGCACCAUCACAUUCGACAGGGUUGGCAUCGUGUGCCGUUAAAGCAUGGUGCGGUUGGCGGAGCCCGCAAGUCCCCUGCCAACACGACCAAUAUAGAAGAUGGUACAUUUAAAACACCGACGGUGAUCCUGUCGAAUGAUAGACCGAAAGGAAAGCCUAAAGCACGUUGCUUAAGCAAAACGCCGUACGUAGAUGAUGAAUCAUCCACAACCAAUGAGCUGCAAGGCGAAUCAAGUCAACCCGUCACGAACAAUUCCAGAACUCCCGAGUAUCAUCUGGAUUCGCGUGUAGCUCACCAUACGGGUCGAUUUGCAGGGGAGUUGAAAAAAAUCGCUGAAAUAACGAACAUUCCUGUGGAUGAACUGAUCAAAGCGGGGCGCAGUAUGUUCAAGGCGAGCAGAAACUGCUCUGGACAGGAUCAGCAGCAGGCGCAUGUGGUGCGGGUUUCCAUCCUGGAGGAAAGGCUAAAAACCGACUUUCCAGAUUUAUACCAAAGGCUCACACGCCACGCCGGUCACACACAGCUAGUUGAUAAGUUUGUGAACGUGUUUCAUAAAAUAGGUGGAGAUAUCGAUAGGAAUCAGGCCGACUGGAUACUUGAUCUUGCAACUGUAGAUUUCACGACAGGAUUAAACGAUCAUUCGAGAGAAGUGUUUGAGAAAUAUAAGAGCUCUGUUUUGAGAGUGUUUGAUAACAACAUCAACUCAAACAAGUACAGUAAAGAGCAGGUGUUGGUUAUAAAAAAUGCAAGAAAAAUAAUGAACAACACAAACAUCCAGGUGUUGUUUGAACGUGCACAGAAAGGAUAUGAUUUUAAAUACGAAUACAAACCAUCGGGGCGCGGUGUGCGAAGACCCAAAAUUUAUAGAACAGAAAACGAGGAAUAGGUUUAUUGGCUCCUUAAUUUUAACCAUACUUUCAGGGCAAUGAGGAAUAGAUGCAACUUUCACAAGAGAUGUAAGGGUUUAUUUGAAAUAUUAACGAGAUGUAUCUAUGCCUUUUGCCCGCAAUGUGUUUAAUUAGCUAUCGUUAUAUUGACAAUAUUGGUAGGGAUAUUGGUGAAAACCCAUUACGUUAGGGGAAGGAUAUUUACAUUUAAACUAUAUAGAGUUAGUUUUAUAGCUACAUAACCUACACCAGCUACAUUAUAGCUACAGCUGGAAGAAAACCAGCUAGCUAUUUAAGUUGAAAAAUCACAGAUCUACUGAGUACGCAUAGCAUCCUUGUUUAAGUAGUUUUGCCUGUGUAUUUAGGGUUCGUAAUUAGUGAUCAUUUUCCGAGACACAAACGUAAAGGUAAGGCAGAAACCUCGGUUGCCCAAUGAACCCAAUAAGGUGGACACUUACUUAACAAGAGACAUAAGGGUAACCAUUGAAGAAACAUCUUCUUCGUAUUACGAAGCCCCUGGCAUUCUAUUACAUUCAUUUUGAUUUUUUUUUCGCAUAGCCAUAGUGGCACGGGAACGUCUUGUGGUACUGUCGUUAAGUUGCGCGGCCUAACGCCGCACAUGGACCGAAGCUUCCUCCAUAUACAUGACUGAUUAUUCUGCUUUAGGAGUAAACCAAUCACAUCGCCAGCAGCCAAGCCUAUCGGUAGCCUAGACCGGCUGCGAUUGCUGCACCCAAUGCGAGAUAAGAGAGCGAGCUUGUGGUAGGAGCGAAAAUCUGGUUUUUAUUUCGUUUUCUACAGGCUUUGUGCCUAUUGGCUUCAAUCUCUACGUAGGAGAUAAAAUGGUUUCAUCAAUGCUAAGGGAAUAUGGAUAGAGUAAUGUUACGCCCCUAAAUUACAGGUUCAUGUGUUCGUUAAUAUCAUUGUUCAUCCAACUUAGUUGUGCUUGUAUAUUUUCUGCGACCCGCUGAUAUAGAGUGGGGUAGGAGAUGCUUAAUUGUUUAUCACACGAUUACUGGAGGUUAUAGGAGAGAUACAUUUGUAGGUAAAUUAUAUUGAAAAAUUAUUUUAAUUUGAAACCAAUACAAACACUUCAAUUUCACAUCAACGUAACGAAAGCUACAACCAUCUUUUUGUCAUACACCCUCAUUCAUUCUCAUCCAACCUUUGGAGCUCUAUCAACUUUUGAAAUUUUCACCGGGAUUUAUUUUUUUGACAUCGUCUAAAGCUUCUUGAACAUAAUUGUUCAGGUUGGAAACCAGUGGUUUAUAUUAGUUCUUGUAUUUAGUUGUUUACCCGCCAUCAAAAAUAAGCGACGCGUAGCUAACUCUUGAGAAAUAAGCGCUUAUCGCAUUUACGAUUAUACUGAAGAUGGAAUAAUCAUAGGCAGUGAAAUCGGAUAGAGUAUACAAAACUUAAUUGCCUGCGUGUCGCAUUUCAGAAUAGACCGGCCUACACUACAAAAACUGUGCAGCCAAGGCUCGUGAAUUGUCAUGGACCAAACGUCCAUUGUCCAGGGGACCCUGAUCGCUAGUACUCUGCUAACUGUUAUACAUACUAGAUACAAUACACUACCGAUUUACGGGGCCCUCUAACCGAAGGGGCUCGAGGCGACCGUCUAGAGCGGUUGUCGUUGGAUCCGCCACUGUUAGUAGGACUGCGAGUGAAAAAGGCUGCCGGAUGGACGCUACUGAUUGCAAGCAUUACCUUCAGAUAUUGCUGUUCAUCCUCGUGCGCGUAGCAAAGUAGUGUCGGAGGCAACGACUGAUGAACUAGCAUUGUUUCGGUUGGGCACAGCUGAACGCAAAGGCAGAAAGACACGCGUGCUGAUUUGCUUCGAAUUCUGAAAUACUCCAAACGUUAUGUUGAAAGAAGGUUGACAGAAGUCGAGCUCAAAAGACCGGUUGGUAGAAAUAUUAGUGAUAAGAGUGGCAGAUGGAAAGGAACUAAUAAACCGCUGCUGGAAAAACACAUCUAGAAUGUACGGAUCAACAAUAUCAUCUAGUGGUUUUAGUGCCAUUUAUCGAGGAACAUCGGUGAUUAGGAUGCGCUCUUUUUCGAGAUACAUACGCAACUUGAAUUCGAAUGAGCAAUUAAGAUAAACCAAUCACUGGGAUCUAAAGUUGAAUGAGAAACAAAGAUAAUUAAAUAACUGAGACAAUUUCUAGAACAAGAUCAAGAAAUGGACUGAACCAGAAGAAAGAAAGUCUUUUGGGCACACUCGGAAGUGAACAUAACACCCACACAAUUAUACUGCGUAGGCUUAUAAUCGGACCAAUCUAACAAUAUGUAACAAAGCAUAUCAAUGCAAAAACCACGAAGCGUUUGUUUAAUAGUUUAACAUGCCGCACUGGUUUGCUGUAUUAUCAGCUCUAAGAUUAGCGAAACCACAAACCGCAAUAUCCAGCACAAAGUAGAAAGCCACCGUGAGAAUAACACAUAAAAAUAUACUACUUCAACUAGCGUAUAAAUAGAGAGCCGUUGGGUCACAUUUUAAUCAUUGUGCUACAGUGUUCGCGAAGUGUCACAUCGAGGAAAGUGUUUUUGCUUUAUCAAAAAUCUUACAGAUUGCAUAUAGUUUUUUCAUGUAAAUUUGUUCCACAAAUAAUCAAUUUUUCUGAGUGCUUCUGAUACGUUUAUCAAAGUGUUUACGGUGCUCGUUCCGUUCCGCGAGGAAUCGGUGAUUACGAAAAGGGUUCAUCGUUUGGAAUCUUGUUUGUCAUUUGCCCAAUAGAAAAGUUUGGUUGGGUACUGUUCUUAACAUCAGCAGAUUUAUCGUGAAAUUGCGGACAAGUUUGAUAAGUUGACACGUAACGGUUCUGUUUACUUUCUUACCAUUGUUCUAGCUUAGCGUUUCUGGCGAAGGUUGCUAUAUUAGUGGUUUCGUUCGGUUGACUCAACACAGCAAAAAAAACAUUAUCAUUAUCAUACAAGAUCGUUUAUCAAUUUCGAGGCACGCAUUAGUUGGAAUAUUUCUUUCACAAAACCUGUGUAGUCCCUUUUUAUCAUAACUGUAGUUUCGACAGUCGUUAGAAUUGAGCCUUGUGACAAAUGUGCAUCAUUUUAAACAGCUAUUGUUGAAUGUGUACUGGUCAUUCUGUCUAAGAUAUCAACUGCGCAAACUGGGUAUUCCCUUAUUUCUUAUCAAAGCGCCAAGAAUAUCAAUGCUUGAUGCAUAACGCACAACAGUCAGAAUGAUAAAAAGUGAAUAAAACAUAGCACGAGAAAAAAGCGCGAGAUAAAAAUACGUUAAGCAACCGACCUUACUGACUUGUGGGUUUUGCCUAACAGCUUCCGUGACAAACAAAUCUAUUUGUUGUGUUUGAAUAUUUUAAGGAGUUGAUAUAUUUGGGACCUAUUACAUAAACUAAUUCUAGCACAAACAAUAGUGUUCUUAUUACUAUUAUUGGUUGUUAUGUAGUUUUGGUAUAAUUUUUAUCGUAUAUAAAUUUAUCUACAGUUCGCGAAGCAUAUUGUUGAUGAUUUGAUUAUUUUAAAUAUCUUCUAUAUUGCAUGUUAUAAAUUUUUAAAUAAUCACAUUUUACUUUUCUUGUGUAACAAUCAGCCUUAGCGGCAAUUGCUAACUGAUUUAUUAUUUUAUACUUUAUGCUUUAAAAACCGCCUCAACCGCAUAAUACAUACUAACUGUCAUCAUCGGUACAGUCUUUACUAAUUUAAUUACUAAUAUCCAGUGCUAUCGAAAUCCCUACGCGUCUCAUAACUUGAGUAGCAAAACAAUAGCUUUUGUGUAUAUUCGUAUCGUACCACAAAAUCUCGUUGAUAUACCGCAAUAGCGGGUUCUGUGGGUUUCCUUUAUUUUGCGUGGUUAUUAUUAAAAUUUUAACAUUAACAGCCCUUUUAUCGAGUAUACACUUAAUCUAUUGAUUUUGUUUUACCGCACGACGAUUUAGUUUUUUUCACCCGUUUUUGCUUUACCUUGCUGUGCAAGUGUUUGUCAGCGUCUGAUAACAAUUUUACUGAUGGUACAUAUUUACAUCUGAUAGGAUUUGCGAAGCAAGCGACAACAAACCCGGACAACUUGCUGAUACAUCUCCAGUCUUCUUCUUCUUCUUCUUUGUCGUUUGAUCUAAUAUAAGCCAUAUUUACAGGUUAUACCAUACGACGGCGUUUGUUAGUAAAUAGAUUCAUCUAUUCAUUCAUUUUUUUCUGUAACAUCGUACCACUUUUCCAAAAACAGAACUGCUACAACAAGUGUUGUUCAAUUGGGAAUCCGAUAAUUGAAUAAAAGCCUAAAAUUUCAAUACCAUCAUGGAGCAGCCGGAAGAUGUAGCGAUACACGUGAAGAAAGAAGGUAGCCGAACGGUUAUCGAAGUGAAAGGCAAGCACAUCGUGCUUAGCGGAGUUAAGCCCCGCAUAGAGCAGCUUUUAUCUAGCUCCACUGCCCAAGAGGUUCAUAUUCUUGCCGGCACAAGUCUUAGCAUUGAUGCGGAUCUUUCUCGCGAUGUAUGGCAUGGACUUAACUUGGUUGUUCUAGCAAACGAAAUCACAGUGCCCAGCACGAUUACCUGGGAUGUGUCUGGGAACGAUAGCAAUCAUAACUACGCGGCCAACGCUGGUACUAGUGAGGAUGGGCACGGAAAAGAUGGGAACGAUGGAUAUCCGGGCGAAAGUGGAGGGAAUGUUUUGCUACUGGCGAACGCUAUACAAAAUCCGGAACAAUUAACGAUCAUUUCAAACGGCGGUAACGGUACUUGCGGUCAGGACGGCGGAGACGGAGAGGAUGGAGUCGAUGGUAAUGGUAUUUCCAGGGCAGAUUUUGAUAGAAAUUUCCAACACUGUUUGUUUUGGAAAGAUAUUGAACGAAGAGCACGUGUACAUAAAAUUGUAAAAAAUAUGAUGGAUUUGGCCCACAGCGUAAAGACACAGUGGGCAAAAGUAACGUAUACGUUUGGUAAUAGUGAUACUUACACAAGCAAUGUACUGGAGCUACCAAUAAAAACGUUCCAUGAUUAUUUGGACAUGUACGUAGAAGUUGUAACGCAAAAUGGAAGUGAAAUAAUAUUUUCUUUGUAUGAAGCUGUAGGAAAAGCUCACUCAUUCUUUGUAUACAAAGGAUCACCAGGUGUAAAAGGCAAACCGGGCGGAAUGCACGGAUUAGGAGGUCAGGGAGGUUUUCCCGGAGAGAUAAUCGUGAAACAUUUACACAAUGAACGUGCGUUUGAAAUUAAAACGUGCAAAAAGGGGGGCAAAUAUGGCGAUAAUGGUAAGGGUGGCCUGUGUGGAAAGCACGGCAAGAAUGGUUGGGAUAUGGGCUAUUUGGGCUGGUUACUCUCCGAACCAACAAUAUACGGAAGAGAUGAAAAUAGCAAACUUCAGGUAUCUUAUUACAAAGAAGAUAAUCGAGCAUCAAGCCGAAUCAAGUGUCCGUAUAAGGCAAUUCACAGCAGCUACUUGUACGUUGAGAUUAACGAAUCGAAAAUCGAUCAUCUAUCGCAGAUUGAAUUUAGGGAAAGGAACAACAUCCAGGCACGUGUCGAAAGACAACAUCAUUCGCAAGUGGUAGGAAAGAAAUCCAUUCUGGAAGUGAAAAUUCGUGCUGAAUUUGCUGCAUACUUGCAAUUGAUCGCAACACAAAAGCAGCGAUUAGCACAACAGCAAA